AUGGCGUCCCUCGCCACCCAUUUCUCGGCCUUCAUCUUCCUCUUCCCCGUCGGCCUCCGCCGCCUCCUCUGCUCCUACUCGCUCUACCUCAAGAACCCAUCCUCGUAUAGAUCCAAGCCCUGGUACUUCUCGGAACCUAAAUGGAAGAACCUCGACCUCUACACCCUUCUCGUCGCCCUCCCCAUCGCGUCCUUCUCCGAAAUCUUCCUCUUCCUCACCUUCUCCGGCCACCCCACGUACCGCUUCGCCUUCUUCCAGCAGUCCGCCGCCGUUUUCCUCUUCUGGGCGUUGGUCAUCCUCGUAAUCUUGAAGGAAUACGUCGACAGUGCCACGAUAAACGAAGGGUACGUGUUUAUCAUUGCUGGUAUUGCUUUCUUGGUGGAGUACUCGGUGAUUGGAAAGGGGGUGGGUGGUCUCGGUGCGCCUGUGUACGAGCUGUUGGGGAAGUUGAGUCUUGUUUGUGCUGGUUCUUGCUUGUACUUGGGAAUGAGGCCGUCCGCGUUCUUUGCAGAGUACUUGUUGUCGUCUGGGUUGGUGUUCAAGGGGACUUGGGUUUUGCAAGCUGGCUUGAAUUUGGGUACUGAUGUGUUUGCCUUAAAGGGGUGUCACCAGUUGGGGGUUUCGACAGGACAGUGGGAUCUCGAUGUGAAAUGUGCUCUUGAGGAGGAUGGUUUGCGGGGCAUCGCACUGAUGAAUCUGUUGUUUAUCGUGCACGCCAUUGGGGUUGUUGUCGUCAGCUUCGGGCUGUUUGGCUUGUUGUCGUGUAAUCGGAAUUUGAGAUUCGGUGAGGCGAGUGGGCCGUUACUGGCUCAGCUUGAAUCGGAGAGCAUGUUGAUGCGGCCGGCACCUGAAUUUGAGCUGGAAUGA